CUAAUUCGUUGCAUAAUUCGUUGUGAGGUUGGCCGGAAGCAAUCCACUUCGCCGGUAUUGGCGACUAAGCAAAGGUGAACCGAAUGACGUCCAAGUUACAUGUACACGGGCUACCACAGUGCCACAGUGCCACAAGCCACAAGCUAGGUCUACUAUACUCUAGCUAGCUCGGGCAAACUGAAUUGAAAGAUGAUUGAUGAUUCAAUAAUCAGCUUUUGGUCUCACAAUUUCGUAGCUAGUCUCACAAUUUGCAUAAUAUAAGCAACCCAAGCAGAACCCAACUAAAAUGAUGUCCAUUUUUUUUCUUUCCCAGGAUGCAACCUUUGAGGUGGAUAUUGUCAUGGACAACGCCCGCUCUCAUCAGAGUCAAAGCAGCAUGAGCUCAGGCGAAGAUACAUGUACUGCGAGUGCACCAAACGAACAAGAAGAAUGCGAGGAGGAUGAGAUGCAAAGCAGUUCUUCUCGAUGGGACAGUAUGUCUUGCAGUCGUCCUCUGCGAUUGCCUUCCAAGUCCGAGCCAGCAGACGAGCAAGAGCAGGACGUCAAAGACUUUGCAAGAAGAGGACGGGACAUGUCCAGUACAAGUACCAGUACAUGUAGUAGUGACAGUCGUUGGGAUAGUCUCCCCGCACCCACUUGCAACCGCUUUCGCACUCGUAGUGCCAGCCCUCCCGCUUGUCCGGUCCGUGGCCAAACGACAUGUAUUUGUCGUGCGGACCACUCCUUGGAGGAGGAGGAGGAGUCACAAGAAGAACAACAACAGAGGCAGGAUUCCAGGCCGUCUCUGCCCUCCCGGUUGAUCUCAUCAUCACCGUCAAACGCCAAACAGGCUACUAGACGAGUAUCUGGAACUAUCAUUACAGGAGCAUAACACAGUAGCUACAUGUAAAAUAAGACAACACUGUCCUCAUAACUAACUAACUAACUAACUAAC